AUGCCAAACACGACCACAACUUCUACUGCAGCACACUUGGCAACAAUUUUAAUGAACCCGAUCACUACACAGUAUGCGAUUCCAAAUAUGAAUAUACACAACCCUAGGUUGGUUGACGCGAAGUUGAUAAAACUGAAUCUAAAUAAUAGAUUUAUGACGCUUCUCAGUCUUUCGCAUAAUCAACGCUGGGGAUUCCGUUCAGUUGAUGAUAGUACUAAAUUAGAAGAGCUAACUGUACAUAGUUAUGAUACUAGAUUGAAAGAGAAAUGGGAUGCUCGUUCGAUGAAAAACGUAGUCCUCAUAGAUUUACAAGAAAAUAAUCUCCAUUCUUUAAAUGCAUAUAUCAAAGCCAUUAAUGCCAUUGUGAAUCCAAAUAUACCUUCGAAGAAGCGCCAUAAAAUUAAUGAAAUUUUCAUUUCAUUAACAGCAAUGAAAAUUCUGGAAGCACGAUUGUGUCAUUUUCCUUUAGGGUUUAAUACUUUACAUAGACCAGAUCCAUUUCAAUAUUGCGAUGCAUCUAACUCUGAAGUUGAAGAUCUAGAAAACAAUACCUUAUGUGAUGAUGAUGAUGAAAGCGAACCUAUAGAAUAUGUAGCAUGUGUAUUAGAAGAGGCAUUGCGUAAAUUUCAACAGCAAUAG